GGUCAGUGGCGAAUGAUGCUUUUGCGCUGUUUUCCUGUUUUUUAUGUUCUGCAGGAAAUCUCAUCGAUUUAACAGGACAUUUCCAACGGUUCGUUUGACAUGACGACCACAGCACGUGAAAAGAGCGCGCAUGUGGUGAUGUAGUUAGGACAUGGCUACUCAUUUCAAUAGAAUGCCCCAAUGACCGGCUGGCGUGUCUAUGGAGUAUUCCCCUUCCCUUGAACCUGCCUACCUCAACCUGCCUGGUUGGCGAUGUGUGCCAGUAUAUGCCGUCCCUUUGUCGCCAACGUCCAGGCAGUCGCCAACAGACUUUUCGCAACCUGUGAUUGAUGCGCACAAUCUGCUUCCAUCCAACAUACCUCAGGACCCUCGACAGUGGAGCAGGCAGAAUGUGUUCACUUGGCUGGAAUGGUGUGUCGAGAAUUUCUCCCUUCCCCCAUUUGAUAUAGAUAAAUUUUAUAUGAAUGGCCGAGGUCUCUGUCUCCUCAAGAAAAAUGACUACUGUGAGAGAGCACCGAGAUGCGGAGACGUUCUCUUCAACGCGCUCCAGAUUCUUCUCGGCGGCAAGGAGAAAAAGACGGGCAACAGCAACGGCCUAGUUCCUCCCAGCGUGUCAGCAUCUCUACUGCAACAUGCUGCUCAAGACAAGUCUUCUUUUCCGUCCCGAAUGGGCAGCUCAUGGCCCCGCUCCAUCAGCAGCGACUUCCACAGCAUGGGUCAUGUCAUCCACGAGAGUGAGCAUGCGCAAGUGGCGGUCACGCAGCUGAACGGAAGUGACGUUGACAGCACUACCGCGAACAGUCCACCACCUCCAGUCGACGAAACUGAGAGGAGCCCAGAAAGAGGAUGUGCAGCAGAAUUAAUGACGACAAAUACAUCACAGUCAUUAACUCCUCAAAUACGGCAUCUUGCACAAUUCAAUGAUGCUUCAGUUGAAAGUUCUGGAGAAAAGAUAAAUGUCCGUCUCCUGUGGGACUUCCUCCAGCAGCUCCUGAACGAUUCUCAGCAGAGAUACAACUGCUGCAUCAUCUGGAAGGAUAAAGCACGAGGCAUCUUCAAAAUCACCGACCCCCACCGUCUCGCCUCUCUCUGGGGAAAGCAGAAAAACCACCUGAACAUGAACUUCGACAAGAUGUCCCGAGCCCUGCGCUACUACUACCGGGUUCGAAUUUUGCAGAAAGAACCAGGGGAAAGACACUGUUAUAGAUUCCUGAGGCAUCCGAAUGAGCUUCGCCAUUGUAAGCAAAGGUCUCUACUCACAAGAGAUUUGGAAAACGGACAUUUAAAUGGACACCAGACAGACAUUGAGGCAGCUUUGGACAUGAGUAUAAAAGAAGAAGGGUCUUCGCCCGGUGACGUGGAUUAAUUCCUUUUUAUUCCACAACUCUGGAUUUGACGCAGCACAACGAAAUGCAAUAUAACCAUUCGAUCUUGAUAUUUUCCGAAUUGUUUUUAUUGCCAAAGGUUUGUAACGAAACCGUUUUCCCCAGAGAGAUUUACCUCGAGAACUGCUAAUGAUGCAGCCAUGUAAUUGGCCAUAUGUAUUUUCAUUUUUUUUUAAAAUCAUGUUUGGUUCUAUGCGUCAGCUCUUUGAAUAUUCACUGAUGUUUUAAACAUAACUAUGUGUGCCAAUCCUAAGCUAAUGAAAACGAUUCAAUUUGAAUAAUGAAGACAGAGUACAAUGGGAUGGUUUCCUUCAGUCAAAAGUACUACUUUUAGUCACUGAAAUUGAUAGAAUAAGUAAGAAAAAUAACAUGGACCCAGAAAAUACUUUCAUUUUCCCAACAGUUUUUUUUUUUUUUAAUUUUUUAAAUGUCUGAUUUUGAAAACAAGGCGUGGUCUUUAUGACGUCACAAAUGAUGCAUUUUGGCGCAUCUUUCUACCACGGUUCCACGUUAUGAUAAUCAACAAGCGAGUCAAAAUUGCGCUCUACGCUUGCUAUCAACCAUAUCGUUGCCAAUACACGUGAGUAAAGAUGCGAAUUAAAUAUUUUGCUCUGUGGUUGGCAACACAGAAUAGCAUUUCAUCAUUUGUGAUGUCAAAGGACAGAAGCGUAAACAAUGAAAACGAACAGAUUUCAGUAAUUUUUUUAAGAUAUUAAACUUAAACAAAUUAUUUAAAAAAUGAACAGAUCCUAUGUUUUUAAGCAUGCUCUUUCAGAAAAAAAAUACUUUAAAAAUUUUGGAAACGACCCCAUUGCAAAUGACUCUUUAAAAGGUUUGAAAAAUGAAGUAAAAAAAAUUAAAUCGAAAAAUGACAGGACAUUCACACUUCUCAUGAAGAUUUGUCACCAUUUUACUAGCACACACUAAUCAGUUUUCGCGUGCAAUCAUUUAUAAAAUAUUCUAUUGUUUUCAUGACUUUGGAACUCCAGUUACUAUUAAAAAUAGGUGCAGUUUCUAUUCGCAGUUCUAGAGCUUCAAUACUCCACCUUGCGGUAAUUUAAGAAAUUAGCCAAGAGGUCAAACAUUUCAAUUUUAGGUGGACCAGGCAGACGUCUCAUUGACCCGAUCAUAUCCUACGUAGGGUGGAUUAGUCUUGGUUUUGCCCUUUUCAGCCGCCAUUAGCCAGAGACUGCAGCGCCGCCCAUAAUUUGUUUAAAUUGCGACCCCCCCCCCCCUUGGAACUGCAAAAAAUAAAACAGUCAGAGGGAAUAGUAUCGUCUGUAAUCAAAAUUAUAAAAAAAAAAAAAAAUAAUAAUUUGAAUUUUGACAUCUUGAAUUCAAAUAAUGUUUUUCGCAUUCACGAGGGUAUGUAGGCGUGUGUGUUUGUGUGUGGGGGGUAUGUGUGUUUGUGUGAAGGGGGUUUGCGUAUGUGUGUGUAGGCAUGUGUGUUUGUGUCUGUUUGCUGGCAUAAGUGUGGGUAGUUGUGUGUAUGAAUGUGUGUGUGGGGGGGUAUGUGUAUGUGUGUGUAGGCAUCUGUGUGUGCAUGUGAUUGUGUAUGUGUUUGUGUGUGUGUAUGUGUGCGUGUGUGUGUAUGUGUGCGUGCGUGUGUGUGUGUGUAUGUGCGUGUGUAGUUGUGUAUGUAUGCGCGUGUAGUUGUGUAUGUAUGCGCGUGUAGUUGUGUAUGUAUGCGCGUGUGUGUAGGACAUGGAUGCAACCUGGAGACGGCUUUCGCUAUAGGAGCAGCAUCGUGAGGAGUCGGUCGACGGCGAUGGUGCGGAGAGUGGCGGUGGGAAAAUAAAAUGAUAGGACGCCAAAAACAGUCAAAUGAAAGCAAUAAGCAAUCGUGAUUGCUCAAAAAAAAAAAAAAUCUUAAGAGUUUCUUUUUAUUUUGUAAAUCACAGAAAGUGCACAGAAUUCGUAGUCUUUUUAUUUCAUCAGUGAAUACCUCGAGCAAAGAUCUGUAACAUGGAACUGAACAAAUGUCAAUAUUAAGGUAUAUUACUACUUUUUGUACCAUCGGAAAAGCGGAGGAUUUUUUUUUAGCUUUAGUCAAUUUUACUCAAUAUAGUACUUUAAUAGAUAUUUUUUAAAAAAUCGCAACAAAAUCAAAUUUAAAAAAAAAUCAAUAAUUAAGUGGAUAAAUUUUUUGACUUUUCAAAAAAAUAAAUUGAAAUUGAAAAUAACAUAUGUACGGUAAAUUCCGUCAAAUCGUUUGAAAAUAAAGAGACUUAAUCAUCGAAAACCCUAUUAAUUUUCUUGAUUAAAAUUUGUGGACUUACAAGUAAAACAAUAAAAUGAAUCAAAAUUGUUAAAUAAAAAUGCACUCCCAUGUUUUCGCAUAGUUUAUUUUAAUCAUUUUUGAAGCAGCCAAAUACUACUAGUAAAGAUUGAACUCGCCAAGAAUACUAGUAUUAUGAAGGUUUAUUUUUCCCUCCUACAUUUUCAAAUUUAAAUAUCACACUUCGCAAAACAUCAGAGCACUAAAAAUCACUUUUCUGAGUCUUGACAGUGUUAAUUAUAUUGCGAGAUUAAUAUUUACUGCUGCAAAACUAUUAAUAAUUUUUUUUAGAAAAAUUGGAAUGAGGAAGCGGGCUCCGUGUAUAAAAAUCAAUAUUACCUUUCAGUUUAGUUUUUUUUUAAUGAAGAUUAUUUUUUCUUGAUGAUCAAAAUUAAGGGGAAAAAACAUGUUAUGCUUUAAAUAAACAUGUAAAGAUAAUCAAAAUCAAAGAGUGUUUCUCUGUUGAAAAUUAACUUUCAUAAAUAAUGAGAAUUUUUAAAUUUUAAUAUUUAGCAUAGCUACAUAAAAAAAGAGAAAUAUUUUUCAAAUCGAAAAAGUACGACACAUUGUGAGUGGAAGUUGAGGGGGGGAGACGAGUUUUUAUCUUGUAAGUAUAAUUUUAAAGUUGGAGGCGCUGGCUAGCACAAAGUUGGGAAAAAACAAUUUGUAAACACAUUUAAAUUAAAUAACAAGUUUAACCAAAAAUACGUACACAUAUUGAUUCAAUUAAAUUACAGGUUAUACAGCGGAAAAAAUUUAUCUUACUGAAGGGUUACGCUGAUAUUAUUUUAUGAAAUACAGAAGUAGAACAUGUAACAAUAUUUAAAAAAAUAGAGGCGUUAUAGGGCCGGGCCGUUCUAUGAAAAAGUCAACCGCUUGUCCCGCACUUGACAAUUCAUAUAUUUCAUUAAAAAGUAAUAACUUGAAAAGGUAAUGACGAAGUUUUUUGCUUAAGAUUCACAUAUAACUUUGUAAUUUGUUAAGCAGAAAAAACUUGUUCAUUAAUAUUUUUAUUUUAAUGACUUAUAUGAGGCGUCACGUGCGAGACAAAAUGACCGUUUUCCGUGGAAUGGCCCUAUAACGUUAACUUUUGAAACCAUUCCUCUACGCAGUACUGCUGUUUUGUUGUUUUCCGUACUAACCGUCAAUAUGUGCAGUGAAGAAACAUGUACAGAUUCAAUAAAAUCAACAUCAUUUUAAAGCUGAAAAGAAAAUAAAAGCAGAAAAUUCCACAAAAAUUACCAUCUAAUAAUAAAAGCUCUUUUUCAGUAUUUAGCACUAAAUAGAACAAGUUUUAAUCCAGUUUUGCAUGGAACGUACAAUAUGAGUAGGAAGAAUUUAAGCCCUUUUCUUUCCUUCUUCAAGUUUAGGCAUGAGUCUUAAUUUUAAGUCUUAGCAAUAAUGAGAAAGCAUCAACUGAUAGCUUCACAUUUUACGAAUUUUCCAUCAAUACAAUUCAGUUAUGAACUAUCAAACAUGAUUCAAAAAAAUAAAUUAUUAAAAAAAAAAGAUGGAAUUAUCAUAGUUUAUAUUCCUUAAAACAACUAUAGAAGAAACAUUUGGUUUCAACGAAUAAAUAAUGGGCAAUUUAAAUGCUGACUAACCAUAAAAUAUUCUUAAAUGUUUUUAACAAGUAUUUGCACAAUCAUGUGAAAUUUAAACACUCUAAUGCAAAAGAAACCAAUGGGCCAUUCCACGGAAAACGGUCAUUUUGUCUCGCACGUGACGCCUCAUAUAUUUCAUUAAAAAUAAUACUUUAAACUAUUAAUGAACAAAUUUUUUCUGCCAAACAAAUCACAAACUUAUGCGUAACUUCUUAAUCAAAAAAUGUCGUCAUUACCUUUUAAAAUUGUUACUUUUUAAUGAAAUAUAUGAACCGUCACGUGCGGGACAAAGUUUGACUUUUUCGCGGAAUGGCCCCAUUUUGAUUUUAUCAAAAUCCUUACUUCAUUUUUGCGGACUUCGAUUUCACACUUUAAGUUUCAAAAUCUGCCAUGCGCUGAAAAUGUCACUACAGGUGAAGUUUUAAAAAGCAAUUUUAGACAUUUAUAUAAUCUCUGAACUAAAGAUGUAGGGAUGUUAUCAGAAAAUUGCUGAAAAGUUGGUGGGUAUGCAACACUAGGGUUGAGAAGUUGGUGGGUAUCCAACACUAGGGUAACAGCACCAGUAACGACAUAAUGAAAACAUCACUCUCAAAUUUACUCAAUUUUCUGAGCUUUUUAAUAUAUAUUUAGACUUUUUAUACUAUUUUUCUCUCACGCAACUACGUCUCAUCUAACGUUUGACUGCUUCUGGUUCCUCUGAAUUAGUUAAUUCUAUUCUUAUUUACUCCAUUUUGAAAAAGGUCCGAUCCCCAGAAACGGACUGUGAAAAUUCUGAUAUUAUUCUGUAACAGAUAGGAUGAGGAAAAAAUUAGUAAUGGACAAAAUUCCCCCUUUCUCUUCAAAAUGUGCAAAACUUCUUUGUUUUUAGAUCUAAAACUUAUUCAAUGCAAACGAACAUGAAACACUGGCAGACCUCGUGGUGGCUGUUCAUCGGGGCGCCGACU